AUGGAAUCUGGACCUUCUAGGGACCACUCUAAAGGAACAGGGUCAGGGUAUUAUGUUUACUCCGAAGCAUCACCACCGCGUAAAAAAGGUGAUAAAGCUCGUCUUGUAAGUCCAGUCAUCAAACCAACCACAGACGAAGAGUGCUGGGUUGUAUUUGAGGCUAAGAUUAAUGGAAUCACAAGUGACAUGGCACUAGAUGAUAUAACAUUUACACCUGGGUGCCAUCUAGCUUUGUUACCAAAUGGAACGAUUACCAAAUCCACGCCAAUGCCAUGUACUGCUGGUCUGUUCCAUUGCAGAAGUUCAGAGUGUAUACUCCAGUCACAAGUGUGUGACUUCAUCAAACAGUGCAAAGAUGGUUCGGAUGAAGAUAUCUGCGGUACCUGCAAUUUUGAAUUAGUUGGUAAUUGUGGUUGGAAUGAUCGGAGUACCGGCCGUUUCAAAUGGCAAAGCCACCAAGGAGAUUCACCCGGGAAAUUUGGCCCCAUCAAAGACCACACAUCCAAUUCUGAUAUUGGCAAGUACAUGAUGGUUCUUGGAAAUGCUGGAGUUUCCAGAUCACAUGCAAUCCUGCUGACUCGGCCAUUUGGUGCAACAGCAUCUACCUGUCAAGUAGAAUUUUAUGUUUACAUGACAGGUGAUGGAACGGGUGAGAUCAGUCUGAAUAUAAUCAAUCCAGUUACACGCGAAUUGAUGUUCGAAGCCUUACCUAAUGUCCAGCAUCUUAUGAUUGGUACUAGCACUGAUAUGGCAAUUGAUGAUGUGAAAUUAUUCAAUUGCAGACCAAAAUUACCAGCAGUCACGUCAUCAAAGUCGCUGUGGGGAAAACCCACCACGUCAGUUCCAUCUUUGACGAACAAAGCCAUCACGUCAACACCAUCGGUGAUGAUCAAAACAAGUACACGAAAGGGUCCCAAAGUUUGUGGAAAUGACAGCUUCUUGUGUCCUACGGCACCUCAUUUGUGUUUCCCAUCCGCUUUCCUAUGCGAUGGCUACGCGGACUGUCCCGACAAAUAUGAUGAAGAACAUUGCACGACUUGUCCUAAAGGUCAGACCUACUGCGUCCCAAAACAAAAGUGUAUCUCCUCUCAUCGCUGUGAUAACAAUAUCGAAUGUCCAGAUGGUUCAGACGAAUCUGCUUGCAAAGGUCAGUGCAAAGAUAAAAAUGUCAACUUUAGAUGCCUUGUUGUGAAAAGUUCUGCCGAGAAAUCUAAAAAUAAAAAAGUAUGGGUAAUCCCUCUGGGCAUCAUUAUGGCUUUGGUUAUCACAGCAGUCGUUUUCAGUGGCAUUUACUUUUUCUGGAUUAGAAAAACUAAAACAUUUUCUCCAGAAAGAGUUGACGGAGGAAUUACUAAUCCUGCCUAUGACUAUGGCACUAACCUCCCAACUGAAUUCAACAUGUUAGAUCUAGAACCAGCCUUUAAAGAGCCAGUCGUGUCUCUCUCACUCGUCUCUUUCUCUCACCCUUUCUCCUCUCUCUAUCUCUCUCGCUCUUCUCCCAUUCGUUCUUCUCACUCAUUCUCCUCUCUCUCUCAAAUGAUUCCCUCUCUCUCUCAUUCUCUCUCUCUCUCUUUGACCCAUUCUUCCCCCACAUUCUCUCUGACCUAUUCUUCCUCCCUGUUCCCCCACCCCAUUUCUCUCUGA